AUGCUUGGGUACGUGGCAACCAUGACUAAGUUUGUCAAGAGGAUACAAAAACAGAACAACUACCGGGUGGUCUUCAAAAUGAACGUAGUACUAGAGCCUAGAUGUUGCCUUGUGGUCAAUCGUGCGAUGUUCAAAACAGGGGAAAAUCUCGGCAGCAUAGAUCUUUGUUCUUGUGAUAGAAUCUAUAACCUGUGCGGUACCCAUCGUGAAACACACAUUACGUUGUUUGUGGCGAAUUAUUAA